GGGGCCCGUCACCAUUAUUGCAUGGUCCACGUACAGCAGUAUCUUACACCUCUCUACCCUCAACUCUCCAUCCGCUCAAGUCUCAAGUCUUUGCUCUUUCCUUUCCAUCUUUACAGCUUUCUCUGAAGCAAAUGAUCCAGGCAGGCAGGCAAGACGGGGAAGCUAGCUUAGUUUGUUAACUUCUGAUCAGCCAAAAUCAGAAUUAUUUUCUUUUUACCCUUUUGAGUGAUCAGGAGCAAUGGAUCAACUUCAACAUUUCAGCCACCCACAUCCCUUGUUGUUGAGCCUCGAUGAAUAUCGUCGUUUUUGUGCAUUGUGCCGGGAAAGAGUAUCAUCACGUACUCCAUGUUACAAAUGUAAUGAAGAUGGGUGCAAGUAUUUCUACAUGCAUAUAUCAUGUGCUGAAUUACCCUACCAGUUGCAUCACCCAGGCCACCCCAAACAUGAUCCUCUUACCCUCAUGAAAACGAAUUUGGGCGAUCAAUGUGACAAUUGCAGAACACGUCAAACAAACUUGUUUCACCAACACAGAUCCUACAUGUACACUUGUUCUCUUUGAUGGUGAACAUAGAUUAUAUGGUCUAUGAUUGCUCAAGUUGUGAUUAUGCGGCCCACAUUCAUUGUGCUACGAGCAAGGAAGAGAGAGAUGAGACAUUUGUGACAUGUUGGAACAUGAAGAACUCAGGAUUGAUGAAUCCACAGACAUAUUGACAUACAAUGUUAAAAGGUUCGAACCAGGAGUAGAUGGGAUUAAAAUAGCUGCAGAAAUCAAACAUUUUAGUCAUGAGCAUGACUUAAAACUCAUUGACAAGCUUGGGAUCAACGAAAAGUGUGAUGCUUGUACGCGGUACAUCUUUACUCCAUAUUAUGCUUGUGCUCAGUGUAGAUUCUUUCUUCACAAAUCUUGUGUUGAAUUAAAACCAAGAAUAAGACAUGUACUCCAUGAGCACUCUCUUCUGCUCCUCCCAUGGACAACUCAUGAUAGUGGUUGUUUUGGAUGUGAUGCCUGUGGCCGUGAUUGUAAUGGCUUCACUUAUAAUUGUGAAGAAUGCAAAUUUAACCUUGAUGUUCAGUGCAUUUCACUCCAAUAUAAGUUCACACAUGGUAGUCAUGAACACCAACUUAUUUUUUCCAGAUCUCAAGAUGACAGAAAGUGUAAUAAUUGUGAUUCAAAAAAAAUCCUGUUCUGGUGUGAAAAUGGUGAAUUUGCAUUAGAUUAUAAGUGUUUAACACUACCGCAUUCAGUAUGGUAUGAACAACAUGAACAUCCCUUCACUCUUUGUUAUGCUCCAGAAGAUGAUUCGGGUGAAUAUUAUUGUGAUAUUUGUGAAAAAGAACGAGACCCGUGGUGUUGGUUCUACUAUUGUGCAGAUUGCCUUUAUCCUGCUCAUUUGGAAUGUAUUCUUGGAGAAUUCCCAAAUAUCAAGUUCGGGAAAACUCGCACAAUUGAUAACCAUCAACAUCCUCUUGCUCUUGCUAUUGUUUCGAAGACUUCCGAUGAUGGCCGUCAUUUGUGCGAGGUUUGUGGUUAUUCUUUUACACUUGAAGCUGGUUUAGCUUAUGAAUGUGCCGAGUGUAAAUUCAAUGUUCACAGACGGUGCUUGUACAAAAUAGGAACAAGUAAGGGAUAGUUAAUUGUUUUUUCUUUACUUGGGCUGUUAGUUUUACUAAAGAGCUCCGCAAGUUACUUUUUUUCUACUGUCUACCAUAUUGUAAUAAUAGGAACAAGAACUAUCUUAAUUAAGACUACUCGUGUAUACACUUUCUUGUUUAAUAGAUGGUUUUGAUAGUUA